AUGACGUCGAACGAGUACCAGAAGCUAGAGAUAAAGAAGUUCCCUCGAUUAUCGACUCGAAAGAGUGCCGAUACUCGCUUCUGGAGACGCUUCAAAAUCCCUAUCACAAUCAAAGAAUACGCAGCUAUAACCGAUGUACAUUUCUCAUCUGCGGCCCCAUACGACUUUGCAGUGACUAGUUCCACUCGAGUGCAAGUAUAUAGCUCUGUAACAAAUGCCGUGAAGAAAACCAUUUCGAGGUUUAAAGAGACUGCGUACGGUGGAACUAUACGGAAUGAUGGAAGGGUUUUCGUUGCGGGUGAUGCUUCUGGGCUAGUUCAGCUAUUUGAUCUGAACAGUCGGGCCAUUCUAAGAAGUUUCAGAGGUCACAAUGGUCCCGUUCACGUUUCCAAGUUUUCACCACUGAAUACCCACAUCCUGACUGCCUCUGACGAUCGGACUGUCAGAUAUUGGGACAUAUCGACGGAAGCUGUUGACUAUGUGAGAAGCGCUGCUGUCUGUGAAGACAAUCCAAACUUGGUGAUAUCAGGAUCAUAUGAUCAUGUCGUGAAACUGUGGGAUAUUCGUGAAAACAAGUGUGUAUUGACACUCGACCACGGUUACCCUGUCGAAUGUGUACUGCCAUUCAAGAAUGGAGGAUUGGUUGCGUCUGCUGGUGGCGACAAGAUCAAAAUAUGGGAUAUAAUGUCUGGAGGACGCCCAGUGCAAACAAUAUCAAACUCCCAAAAGGCCGUAACGUGUCUCACAUUCGAUGGAACAUCCACCAGACUGUUGUCUGGUUCGUUGGAUCAUCAUGUCAAGGUAUAUAAUCUACAGGAUUAUAAGGUUGUGCAUAGUAUCAAGUAUCCUGCUCCUAUUCUUUCCAUUGGUUUAUCGCCUGAUGACACUCGUUUGGUCGUUGGAAUGAAUAACGGAAUGCUAUCCAUACGACAACGUGUAGUCAAGACUCAAAGCGCAACGUCGAGACCAUUGAGGUAUAAAGGUGGUACUAUGGCUUACUUUGAACGCGGUGCCAAGACGUCAAAACCAGAAUCGACUGAUUUAUUGGUCGAACCACAACGUUAUCGUGGGUUGAAACCGUAUGAUCGUUACCUGAGAAAGUUCCAAUAUUCGAAUGCUUUGGAUGCUGCAUUGGCCAAAGACGUUGAUGCCAUAGUGGUAGUCAGUCUAUUAGACGAACUGAUGCUACGAGAUGGUUUGAUAAUAGCAUUAUCUGCUCGAGAUGAAAAGUCAUUGCAACCUGUACUUCGAUUUCUAUACCGACAUAUUUUGAAUCCUCGAUAUUCAGCCUUUUUGAUUGACGUGACGAAUAUUGUGCUAGAUCUUUAUGGAAAUGUGAUAUAUCUAUCACCAAUGAUAAGCAAGAUGAUGUCCCGAUUACGAAAAGCUGUCAAUGAUGAACUGGUGGCUCAACAAGCACUGUACAAGUUACAAGGUCUGAUGAAUAUGAUACUUGCUGCUUCGGAGAGGUGA